UUUAAAUACUGAUAAAUAUGCCCUACACAUUCUUAUGGUCAGAGAAGAGCGUGGAUGUCACUAGAAACGUGAGACGAAAAACAAUAUUUAUUUACCGCAAAAAGCUGAAAAUCAAACUCAUGGAUUUCCAAAAAAUGAAUUCCUUAAAUGUCUAUUUAAAUUUGUUAUCGGGCAAUUUAUUACCUAUGACUGCCAAUUCGUCAUUUCCGAUACUUUGGAAGAUAUAUAGUGUCUUUGUGUGGUUACUCGAAUUCAUAUAUACAGGUGCAUUAAUCUUUGGUUGCUUUUGCGUGUCAUUAGAAAAAGCAUUAAAUGAUGGUCUGCUCAGUAUAAUAGUUGCCUUAGAAGGAAUCUUCAUGGUUGCACGAAUUCAAGCGCAAAGAGAAUUAGUGCAACAUUUGAUACAGAAACUUAACAAUAUUCUACACGUUGAAGACGAAGCCAUGAAAAAAAUUAUCGCAGUAAAUUUAAAACCUAUGGAAAUCCCAUUCAGACUUUACCUAGCAGGUGGUUCACUGUCUGUUUUUCUGUUUUGCUGCAUAACUCUCCCGUUAGCUGCCAAAAAAGAUAUUUUUUUUUACGAAGAUUACAAAAUGCCAGUUACCUUUUCCAAGGAGCCAUUCUCCACGGAUAUUUUCUUACUGGGCAGUAUAAUAUUAUUGAUCAGCAACAUGUAUAUUUUUUUUAAAAAGGUCGGUGUGGACGUGUAUAUGACAUAUCUAGUAGCAUUGGUGACGGCACAGUAUCAAUACAUUGCUUUUAAACUUGUAUCGAUAUUUCAAGACAGUGAUCAUCCGCAAUAUAGUAAUGGCAAUUCUCGAGAAAAUAAUUUUAAAACAGAUUUAUUCGCAGAGAAAGAAAUCAGAAGCUUAUGUCGGCAUCACAAUUCUAUUACACGCAUAACGCUAAUGCUGAAGAAAUUGUUAUCUUUAAAUUUCUCGUUAAUAUACAUAAAUAACGUUUUUCGAUUUUGUUUUCUUGGUAUUAUGUUAACUAAGAUAUCAUCUUCUCUUCUGGAAGGAUUCAUGGUCUUUAUGUACGGAACCGGCGCAAUGUUGCAAUUUUACAUAUUGUGUUCUUGCGUCCAAAAAUUAGUGGAGGCGAGUAUGGAAAUAACGGAUAAAGCAUUUCAUGAAGAUUGGUAUCGAUUUAAUAUAUCUAUAAAACGUACAUUCAUGUUAGUGAUAAUGGCUAGUAAUUUAGAGCUAAAACUGUCAACAUUUGGCAAAUUUAAUCUAUCUUUGCCGUCAUUCAUGGCUGUUUUAAAUCAAUCAUAUUCUAUCGCCAUUCUAUUGUUAAAGAUAAAAUAAAAAAAAGUGAUGCUGU